GUCCGCCAUGCUGCAGGCUCUGCGGCUCCGGGGCUGAGGAGACUCCGGUGUUCCGAGUGCUGCGCUGUGACUCGCUGCCGGAAUCCGCCAUGGAUGCAGUGACCUAUGAGGAUGUGCAUGUGAACUUCACCCAUGAAGAGUGGGCUUUGCUGGAUCCUUGUCAGAAGAGUCUCUACAAAGAUGUGAUGCUGGAAACCUACUGGAACCUCACUGCUGUAGGCUACAGAUGGGAAGACGAGAAUAUUGAAGAACAUUGUCAAAGUUCUAGAAGAUAUGGAAGGUAA